AUGCACGACGGCCAGCAAGUAUUUUCUGGAAGACAACAAAACCUGGGGGGACUGGAGGCAACAGGAGGUCUGGCACCGAAGAAAGCAGCCGUCACCGAGGGACCAUCGCUACCAGGACAGCCUGGCCAAGGAAAGAAGAUAGGCCAUCGAGGCGUCGAUGCUUCUGGUGAAACCACCUACAAAAAGACCACCUCAUCCACUCUGAAGGGGGCCAUCCAGCUGGGCAUAGGCUAUACUGUCGGCAAUCUGAGCUCCAAGCCAGAGAGAGAUGUCCUGAUGCAGGACUUCUACGUGGUGGAGAGCAUUUUUUUCCCAAGCGAAGGCAGUAAUCUCACCCCGGCUCAUCAUUAUGCUGACUUCAGGUUCAAGACCUAUGCACCAGUGGCUUUUCGGUACUUCCGAGAACUCUUUGGGAUCCGCCCAGAUGAUUAUUUGUAUUCAUUAUGUAACGAGCCUCUGAUAGAGCUGUCAAACCCUGGUGCCAGCGGCUCCCUCUUCUAUGUCACCAGCGACGAUGAAUUCAUCAUAAAAACUGUGAUGCACAAAGAAGCUGAAUUCCUACAGAAGCUCCUUCCUGGCUACUACAUGAAUCUGAACCAGAACCCACGGACGCUGCUGCCGAAGUUUUACGGACUGUACUGUGUGCAAUCAGGGGGCAAAAACAUCCGCGUGGUGGUGAUGAACAACAUUCUGCCCCGUGUGGUGAAAAUGCACCUGAAAUUUGACCUGAAAGGCUCGACCUAUAAACGCCGGGCAUCCAAGAAGGAAAAAGAAAAGUCCAGCCCCACGUACAAGGAUCUAGACUUCAUACAAGACAUGCCCGAGGGCCUGAUGUUGGAUGCAGACACCUUCAGUGCGUUGGUGAAAACAUUGCAACGAGACUGUCUGGUAUUGGAAAGUUUUAAGAUCAUGGACUACAGCCUCCUGCUUGGGGUUCAUAACAUAGACCAGCAAGAACGGGAGCGACAGUCUGAGGGAGCCCACAGCACGUCGGAUGAGAAGCGUCCCGUGGGGCAGAAGGCACUUUACUCCACGGCCAUGGAGUCCAUCCAGGGUGGGGCUGCCCGGGGGGAGUCCAUAGACACAGAUGACACGAUGGGAGGAAUCCCAGCAGUGAAUGGCAAAGGAGAGCGUCUCCUGCUACACGUAGGGAUAAUAGAUAUUCUUCAAUCAUACAGGUUCAUCAAGAAGCUGGAACAUACCUGGAAGGCCCUCGUCCACGAUGGGGACACGGUGUCAGUACACAGACCCAGCUUCUACGCAGAGAGAUUCUUCAAAUUCAUGACAAACACGGUGUUUCGAAAGAAUUCCUCUCUGAAGUCAUCUCCCUCAAAGAAAGGGCGUAGUGCCUUGCUAGCCGUCAAGACGGCCGGUCCAACAGCCGCAUUCUCAGCUAGCCAGCUUCCCUCUGAAAAGGACGAAACGCAGUAUGAUCUCCGUGCGGCCAGGAGUUACCCCACGCUUGACGAUGAAGGCCGGCCAGACCUGCUGCCCUGCACACCUCCUUCCUUUGAAGAAGCUACCACGGCCUCCAUAGCCACGACACUUUCUUCAACAUCUCUCUCUGUUCCCGAGCGAUCCCCUUCGGAGACCUCUGAGCAGCCCAGGUACAGGAGGCGCACACACUCCUCAGGGCAGGAUGGCAGGUCGCACGAGGAGGUGCGGGUUGAGGAGGAGCUUCAGCAGAUCAGUGUCGAGCUGGAGCCCAAGUGUGACGUUGAGAUUGUAGCUCCCGAAGAAGAUGACAAAGAAGAGGCGGCUUCUUCAGCCUGUGCCAUUGUAACAUCCACAGCUACGAUAGAGGUGGAGACAGCCAGCCAGGCCUCCGAACCGGCCAGCCAGGCCUCGGAUGAAGAUGACGUGCCAGUCACAGACAUAUACUUUGGAACUGGACUGACCCUUGGAGAACUCAAAACAACAUCUAGGGGGGCUCAAAUGGAUGGCACGGUGGCUGAGGAUGCAGCUGUUUGUGUGCUGCUCUGCUUCCAAGCCCAAGCGCUGAUGGGCUGAUCUAGGCCGGCGUGCUCGCUCCCGGGACAAGCCGAGGUGGAUGUAGGUGCAACUGGGAGGCUCUUCCCUCCUCAGCCAGAGAGCCCGGCUGCUUUCCUGAACACAAAGGUGCUGCAGUGGUCUAGAGCCAGAAGGGAGGUGGUUGCAGCGGGGCUGACCUGGGGCUCUGGUGAACUCUGGUUUUUCC